UAUUUUUUUAUAUAUAUAUAUCUUAUAUAGAAUGUUUAAAAUAGCUUUGAUUAUUAAUUAAAUAUAAAUAAAAAAUAUUAGUUUGUGACCUUAUCCCGGAAGAAAAACAUUCACUUCCGGUUUAUACAACUCUACAUGAUUCUGCUGUAACAGGGCCAGCGGUUCCUCUCCUCAGAUGGAGAGAUGGAGCCCCGUCAUGGGAUCAUGAAGGCUUUCCCCAAAGUUAAAAGAGCCAAAGUGCUACAGGGACAGGAUGCACCUCCGAUGAAGAAGAAGCCUGACGAGUUAGAGGUCAAUGGUGGAAACCCUUUUAGUGGAGUGACAGUGUACCUUCUGCCUGCUGGAAUUGGAAAUGCGAGGUGCCAGAUAUUCCGUAGACAAAUUCAGCAGAUGGGAGGACAGUUGGAGAGUUCACUGUGUGCCGCUGUCACUCAUGUUGUGGUGGAGGACAGCAUGGAUGGAGACAGAGCUCUGCGUUUGCUGAAAGUGGAUUGCCUGCCCUCUGGUGUUCAUCUGGUGAAAUGCACUUGGCUGAGCAUGUGCAUCAGUGAAAGGAAACUCCUGGAUGUGGAUGGAGGCAGCCUUCUUUUACCCAAGAGGAGCUCAGAAUCAAAGCAGGAAAGUGUAAGGGAAAAACCUGCAGAUUUAAAAUCGACUGCUGAAAAUGUUCCCGAUCCAGAGACUCUUCAAACCAAGCAGGAGGAAACCGCAGACACGACAAUCCCAGACACUAAAGAGGAGGUGGGUGGCGAGGAAGACGGCGUCUCUCAGAGCGACCUGGAAGCUCUCAUCACUGGUCAGCACCCUGAAGAGGAGAGCCCAGGCCCAAGUGUAAACCCUAAUCCUGAUGCUGUGGUGAAGAAAGCGUUCCCAGGGAAGUGGGUCUGUGCCCAGUCUUCACAGUCGAAGAGUAAUAACUUCAACAAGCACAUCACAGACAAGCUGGAGUUGCUGGCUAAGGCCUACACACAUCAGGGGGACAAGUGGAGGGCACUGGGGUACUCCAAGGCUGUCAACGCACUGAAAAGCUACCACAAGCCAGUGACUUCAUAUCAGGAAGCAUGCCAGAUCCCAGGAAUAGGAAAGCGCAUGGCUGACAAGAUCGAUGAGAUUAUGGAGAGCGGCCACUUGCGGAAGCUGGAUCACAUCGGGGAGGCCGUGCCAGUGCUGGAGCUUUUCACCAACAUUUGGGGGGCAGGAGCCAAGACUGCACAGCUGUGGUACCAACAGGGAUUUCGCACCCUGGAGGACAUCCGCACCAGAGCUCACCUGAGCGCCCCUCAGAAGAUCGGACUGAAGCACUACGAUGACUUUCUAGAGCGAAUGCCCAGAGAGGAGGCAGCAGCUAUCGAGAAAGUGGUGAGGGAAGCUGUGAGAACGUUGGAUCCAGGACUCGUGGCUGUGGCCUGUGGGUCCUACCGUCGGGGAAAGGCGACAUGUGGAGACGUAGAUGUACUCAUCACUCACCCUGAUGGGAAGUCCCACAGAGGCAUCUUCAGCAGAGUGUUGCAAAUCCUCCAUGAGGACGGGUUUUUGACAGAUGAUCUGGUGAGCCACGAGGACAACGGAGAGCAGAAAAAAUACAUGGGCGUGUGCCGGUUGCCGGGCCACCGUCAUCGCAGGUUGGACAUCAUCAUAGUGCCUUACGACGAGUAUGCCUGCGCACUUAUGUAUUUCACCGGAUCGGCACACUUCAACCGCUCGAUGAGAGCCCUGGCAAAGACAAAAAGCAUGAGCUUGUCGGAGCACUCCUUGAACAAAGACGUGGUCCGCCAGGGCAGCUCCAAAGUCUAUACUGGCACUCCGGUUCCCACACAGACGGAGAAGGACGUUUUUAACCUUCUGGGGAUACCGUACAGAGAGCCGCACGAAAGGGACUGGUGAUGAUUCGAAAGGAAAAUAAUCCACCAACAGGAUCCUUCAAUAAUGCCUUGGUUUGCAUAUCCUUCAUCAUGAUACAGAAUAUUAGGAGAAGCUCAUUUAAACCUAGUUUGAAGUAAAACCAGGAAGUAGCAGAUGUUGCAGUUCCUCAAAUUGCCACUUGAGGUUGGUUGCAGAAGUGAGUAAUUUCCCUUCAAUGUUUUUAAGGUUUAUUGUAAAAAAUAAAUGAAUUCAGCAUUAUAUCAAAGA